UGGGGAGCUGAUAUCCUCUGUGGUGGAUCAUACACCAGGUGUUCUGACACGCCACACUGCAUCUCGCGCGCCGGUCAAACCACAACCCGGACCGGCUGCGGUGGAUUAACCCGUUCGGUGAAUCGAGUCGGCCGCGCGUGGGAGCCAGUCUGUGGCCGGCGCGCUGCCGCCGAUCCCACCGCCUCUCGCACCGGGAGCCGUCUGCCGACCGAGCGUCAGUCUCUGGCUCUGGACGGGCGCUCGCCGUCGCCGCCACCACAGCGCGCUAUUUGGGCCAACUUUUACCAUCGCGCUCAGUCGCCGGAGAGCCGCCGCUCGAGAAAGUCGCCGUGCCGCGCUCCUCGUCGUCUCGCGCGCGCGUCAGUGUUGGUGAGCGGCCCGCGAGGAGCGCCGCUGUGUUACUGUCGCGCUCGACGCGCCGUGGUUUGGACCGGUGCCGGUCGGCACCGGCGACAAUGCCGGAGGGCUGAGGGUGGUGACGCCAGCAACAGUGUGCGAGCCAGAGCUGAGAUCUGACUGCACAGGUCACCAUUGAAGCUAACUGGACCCAGGCGACAGGCCAUGCCCCGCCGUGUGACGCCACGGUCGGGGCCUGCGCCGCCAUGAAGGGCUGGUUCGACGCAUUCCGCACGGAUGGCGGCCCGACUCUCUACCACCACAGUAACCGGACGGCGGUGGCCGGCGACAUCUCCACCAUCACCAUACUCAUCAUCUUCCUCACCGUCUUCAUCGCCUUCCUGCUCAUCUUCCCCGGAGUUCGCAGUCAGCGAUUCACCACGUUCACAUGUGUGGUUCUCAGCAUCUUCACUGGCAUCGCCAUUACACUGGGCGCGACCGGCUCGGAGUGGCAGACGGGUAUGGUGCAGAUCAACACCUACUACCGAGCGUUCUCGGCCGACAGCCUCAGCGCCGACCUGGGCGUCCACAUCGGCCUCAACCAUGUCAACGUCACCUUGAAAGCGCUGCCAGAGAGCAAGCACAACGGUGACAUCGACUUCAACGAGCGGUUCCAGUGGAUCCAGCCGCAGCAGAUGCGCAACGAGUACCGCGCCGCGCUCGUGAAAGGACUGCCGUACCCGAUCCUCACUGUGGCGGAGUACCUGAGCACCAACUCAGAGGGCUUCCUCUGGGGACAGAAGCUGCGUGUCGCCGGCUACUACACCCACAUCAUCAUCUGGACGGCGUUCGCCUCUUGGCUGCUCAUGAACCUGCUGCUCAUCAACGUGCCCCGCUACGGCGCCUACAUGAUGGUAGUGACGGGGGCGCUAAUGGUGGCCGCCUGUGCGCUCUACACCUGCCUGAAGCCGAGCCGGCCGCUGGCCAUCCGCUUCGAGGACGCCGUGCUCAACAUGUCGCUCGGAUGGCAGUUCUACCUGGUGCUCAUUGCAGGUAUCAUCUGUAUGAUGGUGGGCGUGGCUGCGGCGCUGGUCGACCUCGUCUACCCCCACACCUUCUCCACGAUCCUGGAGGUGGACUUCGGCACCCCGUACGACCGGCACAUCCUCAUCGUCGAGUCCGAGGAGUCCAGGAAGAGGCGCACCAUCAAGAUCCCCAAGCUGGAGGAGCCCAUCAGUGCUGGAAUUGAGGCGACCACCAAACUGAUCAGACGUCUUUCAAAGCGAGGCAAGGAUGACAGCAGCACAGACCCACGAGGCGGCGUCGACAACGUCGCGUUCGAGAUGGACCCGCCCAAGACCCCGCUGCACGCUAAGCUCAAUAAGCGCACCGACUCCAAGAAGUCGAGCAAGUCGUUCAGCUUCAAGCGCAAUAGCCACCACCUGGAGGUGCCGCAGGGCGGCUUUGACUCGCCCUCCGGUGCCGGCAAGUCAGCGCUGGAGCGCACCGACUCGAAGAUGUCCACGGCGUCAUCAAUGUCAGCCAGCUCGCACCCGGUACCGGACGGCGACCACCCGUCCUUCCAGGAGCAGUUCCGCAGGAUCCGCCAGGCGCGCCGCGACUCAGCCCAGUCGACCGCCUCCAGCGCCUCGUCCAGCUUCGGCGCGUCGGCCCUGUCGCGCGCCGGCUCGUCGCGCGGCAGCAGCCACUUCCUGAACGUGCCGGUCGAGAGCUGUCCAUCGGGCGGUCUGCACGCGCCGCUGGAGAAGCGCGACUCGCGAACAUCCAACAUCAUCGUGUUCCAUACACAGGACGCCCGUGGACAGCUGACAAGACGCCAGUCGACGGACCCGACGCCUGGCUCUCGGCGCGCCUCCUGCGACCCGGCGCCCGACGUCUGAGGGCGCCCCGAGCGUCACCGGCGCCCCGCGGCGCCCCUGCAGGCAUUACCGACCGCCGUAGACACUGUAGACACACGUGUGAUAAAGUGAUAUUAAAUAAUGUGAUGCCGGGACACGCCGGCUCGCCGCUGAGAGCUCCGGCAGACCGGUGGCGGCGCGGCGCGGCCGUCACGGCAGGUCGGGGGACCGGCUCUCAACUGACCCGUCGUCGCCGAGUCUGACUGGCCCGUCAAUGGGCUAACGGUCUGAGGGCGCGGGUCAGCGCUGUGCCGUCGUUCUGUCGCCGCCGUGCAGUCGUCCAGGAGGUGCCUUUGUGUCACCCACGGACGUGCUUCGUCACCACCCACACGGCGACACAGACGGCCGUCCGUUCGUCCCGGGAUUCCCUGCGCCGAGCCGCGAGCGCGUGGAGCACCGCGGGUCGGCCUCUUCAUCUCCACAGCGCCUCCGGCCGCGCCGCCGGCGGCGCAGUGUCCCCUGACGUCAUCCCCCGGCUCACGGAGCUGACGUCACUCCCGGAGCGAGGCCGAAGGAGGGCGUAUUUAUCUCCAUAGGUGGCGAUUUAUGGAGCGUCUUUUUAUGGAACGUCUGUGACGGGAGUCUGAAUAAGUGUCCUAUCAUCUGAUGCUGAGCUGUCUGAUGGAGCGAGUGUUUUGUUAUAUCCGCGCCAAACUGCCUGUGGGUGGGGUGAGUCGACUGGACGUUCCGCUAUCAUAGGGUGUCCCCAAAUCUGACCGGAGGUUCACCUGUUACGCCAAUGGUGCCGCCGCUAUGGCCCAUGCCGCGCAUUUCGAUGCCAUACGUGUAGAGCAGACUGCCGCCGGUGCCGUGCGUUUUGAUAUACCUAGUUAUCGACUAAUUGCGUGACCUCCCUGACUAACGGUUCUGCCGAGUGGACCUCAGCGAAUACACGAGCCAUUAUCGGA